CAACCCCUCCACCACAUCUCAACCACUCCUCCAUAAAACUCAUGAAACUGUUAGCCAACCCUCAAAAGACGAGCAGAAUCUAGAUAUCAGCACUUCAAUGUUUCAGGCUACAUGCCAGACGCUGUGGAGCUGGGACAGCUGGUCCUGAGCUAUCCUCGAGCUAACCUACAGCUGGAGCUAACCGCCUCUCUGACCGCAUCUCACCCGGAAAGCUCAAUUGACAUACAGCAAUGCCCUCACCGAGACAUCUUGACUCUGUUAACUUCGAAAUCUGUGUGGGUUGGUCGAGGAUGCGGAUUGCAUCUCGAGAUCCAGCUAGAUGUCGAGGGACAACGGCUGGGCGACCACGAUCUCGAUACACUGACGGCGACUCUGAGUGACGCAGCGCUGUGGAGCCAGCUCAACCUCCAAGCGUCCCCGAAAGUCGAUUCAUCGAGUCCUCCAUCGUUCACGAGGACGAUUCACUUGGAUAUAUCCCAUAGCCGUACGGAAUCGGAUACACUGAAGCAAUCAACACAUCGGAUAGCGAUUGGGGUGCCAUCUGCAGACAUAAGACCUCCGGAUGGUAUACCUGUUGUCGGCCUCGAAUCAAUGGUAUUUCAGGUGAAAGUCGGCAAAGCUCGGCAACGACACAAGGAUAAGAGAGUUAAACGUGACAGAGGAUGUGAGGAGAAGGCCACCAUAGCAGAUGGCAUAUCAGAUGGAGAGGGAGACGACUAUUUUGCCAGCCUCGAAGAGGAAUCGCAAUCGAAUAUGCAUUACGACGAUAUGAUGUUGCUCGAUCAGCCAAUUGCCCCUCAUCAAAAUGAUCUCUCGAUUCUUGAAGAUGCGAACUCUGUACCGCCAAUCGUGGGUCCAUGGCCGCCAGCAAAUACUCGCAGCCCCAAGAGACUAGCGGCGCGACCAGACAAUGACAGUCUCGGGCGGCAUACAAGCGACUACAGUAUUGAUACUAUCACGAGCUUACUAGACGCAGCGAUACGCAUGGCCAUUUGCAAGAGCCCUUUGAAGGUGAAUCCGGGGAUCAAGUUGAAGAAAUCCAACUUCGUUGCAAGACUCGCCGAUAUCGCCCCUAGUCUGUGGAGUCCGGAGUACCUUACGUCUGUUUCACAGCGCUCGUGCUUGUUGCCUACUGUCAGUCGCGCCCUCUCUCGUACCGUUUACUCGAAAUCGCGGUCGAUGACUUUGAGAUCGAAAAUUGAUGCAAUAUGCGAACGCGCUUUCUGUCGGUGCAACAAAUGCAAUCGUAGUCACUCACAGUCUGUUCACGACAUAUCUAGUGGCAAAGAUAAGGUCCAAUCGAUUGAAGUCGAGCUGUGGAACUUUCUUACACCUGCGUUAUUUGACCCAAGCGCCGCGAGACGAUUGAAACCUCUACGACAGAGAGAAGACCCUUCACCAAGCUUGGCUGGACCUGACAUAUUUCUCCAGGAACAGCCUGUCACAAACUUCGAGUGGAGUAUGGGGACAUUCAUUGAGAAUAACGACGUCUUAUACGAGGAAGAUGCUACUGCAGAUGACGCAGACCGGGAGAUGCUUGCAGAGUUGAUUUGGGGAGCAAGCGCGUCUCAAGACGAGUAUCAAGACAGUGACACUGAAAUCGACUCUAUCUGGCUCAACGACAAGGAGCCAUUACACAGCGGAUCUCUUUGUGAAGUGAUUAGACCUCUCACAUUCGGGCCUUUGGAAGAGACCUCGAAUGAGACUGGCAUGGACACUAUUCCAAACUCCGAUGACAACCUGUGGGAAUGUCCUUUACCCUGUCAAGCUUCUGUUCGAUUUCCUACCAAUCUUGAAGUACUCGGGCCUUUCACGGAUAGGUUAUCGCAUUUAGAAGAGGCGGCGGGUCGAUCGGCGAUUUCUACCGAUAUAUUAAUGUUGAAUACUUAGAGAGAAAGGAGCAUUUGAUAUCUACACCUUUUGGCACAUAUUGGGCGCGGUAAUGUCGAACUGUACGCAUUCUUAGGGAGAUAUUGAGUUUCUAGGUUAUUAUGGGAUCGGGUUGACUUGAGCUUGGAGAGCAUGGUGUUUCUCCAACCGAGUGACUAGCUGGCAACUCUGCAUGCCUGCAUGCAAUGCGCCAUUUUGGCCCCCAAAAGAAGCAUUACGAGUAG